AUGCCACCCGGCGAAUUUGAUGUCAUCAGUCUUGAAGACGUACAGCGAUGCUACGUGCCAGAGGCCGACGAAGCGAGCAUAGACAAGUCGGUAGUCACAGAAGCCGAAUCUGCUCCGGACCAGCUGGCAUAUAUAAUAUUUACUUCGGGUAGCACCGGUGCUCCCAAAGGAGUCAUGAUUCCUCAUCGCAUAUUAGUCAACUAUGGUCAACAAACCCCAUUCAACCUCGAUGCAGGACAAUCAGAUAGGGUAUUCUUGCCCUUCUCCCCGGCAUUUGAUGGAGAGCUUUGCAUCAGCGGCCCUGGCCUCGCCUGUGGGUACUUUGACACUGAAGCGCUCACGAGAGAGAAGUUCAUCAUCUGUGAACAGACCCAGGAACGUUAUUAUCGAACCGGGGACAUUGCAAGGCGUACCGUCUCCGGGAUACAGUUCCUCGGACGUAAUGAUUUCGUCGUAAAGAACCGCGGCUUCCUCAUCAACCUGGGAGCAGACGUUAAACCUGCUCUGCUCUCUUGCCCCGGAGUAGACGAAGCGACAGCUAUCAUGCAUCGAGACAAUCGCAUAGGAUUUGUCACCCCAGGAGCUGUAUCAGGACCGAAGAUCCGAGAAGACUUGGCCGCUCGGCUUGACGCGUUCCUUGUCCCGGAACGGAUAUACCCUCUAGAUCGGUUUCCUGUCACCGCGAAUGACAAGGUUGAUCCAAGGGCUCUGGAAAGUUGGUUGAAUGAACAAACAAAGUCCGUGGAUGAUCAGACAUCGACUUCUGAUGCAACGUCCACGCCAUUUGAAACACUUGUCCACGCUCUAUCAUCGGCGCUGAGCAUCGCGCCGCAACAGGAGGCCCUUGCGUCUUCAUCCUGGGGCUUGGCGGAAAUUCUCUCUCGGCUAUCCGACUUAUGA